AUGGCUUUCUUUACCACGUCCUGCUUUUCUUUGAGGAAGAAUCGACUUCUCAAUCGAAAUGAAUCUGCUACAACUUGCCCUUCCUUACCUAUCAACUUAGAACCCACACCUCUUGCAAUGGGAGUUGUUUCUCAGAAUCUCACCGCGAUCAAUUUUGCCAGUGCCAUAUCUCCACACGAAGAUAUACCCCAAGCAAAGGCGACGGACAAGAAGGAAAUUAUUCCAACGGAGAAAGAACAUGCGCCAUCCUCUCUCCAAUUUGACUUUCUUUCGCGCUUGAUCGAAACCAUUAAAGUCAAGAGAGAGUUUCAAGACCCAUCGUCUCCUCCAGUCAGCGUCGGCACACUCUUAAUUGAGCCCAUUGGAAGUGCUAAGCAAGAAGUAGAGUCUGAUAACGAAACUCAAGUUGCGCGCCCUGCUAAUUUCCUAAUACUCGUUCCCAUUCUCAAAGUUCCGAGGAUCAAGAAUAUUCGCUGCGAGGGCGAGCAUUACCAUUAUUACGGCAUUACUUCCCCAGAAGUCAUUGUAGCUGAAGCUACAAAGUUCAUAUCUGACAAUAGCAGCGUUUUCCAAUGGUCUGUGAAGAAAACACUUGCCAAGUUCCUUGCCAUUACCAUUCAGGACUCCAAAAAUGACUGUCAAGUCAAUCCCGAAGCUUUAUGGUUAGUGGUUAGAAUGACGCAGAAGUCAGAAGAGUUCGUUAUCCCUCGCUGGCACAGAGACGGGCGCAUGAUAGAAUGUACCAACGCAAAUCACGCCUUACAUUGUAGAUACGCCACUACCUUGUUGGGACCUACAACUCUCGUUCUUCAAGAGACAGAGGUGGUCACUCAGGGAAUGAAACAACACGUCGGAAAGAGAAAAGAGACGGCGAACGCGCUUGCGGGAGAAAUUCCUCUCGAAAUCACUCGUGGUCAAAUCAUUCGCUUUUCUUGGGGUCAAGAAGACAGUCCUGUACACUCAGAACCAGAUCUUGUCGCCGAAAGAGUGUUCAUUUCCUGUAUUUAUGGAAGUAUAAGCGAGAUUAAAGACAUCGCCGCCACUCGCAGACAAAAGAUUGGCGAUCUCCAAGCACAAUUUAGGAACGAGUAA